AGGUCGCUUUUGAAAAAGAGCUACGUAGCUCAGUGGGUAUUAGCUGGUGAAAUGAAAUAAAAACAGUUAAUAGUAAUAGUAUUUCUGCACCAAAUCUGCCACUCAAACCGCAAUCGCAUUAAUAAGUGUGGACUUUCAUAGAUGCUCAGCACUUGCCCCAACAGUCUAUACGGGGGAAGGGGGGUCUUUAUCUUUGCACGAAUGUAUGUCCGUGUUAAUGUAUGUGAAUGUAAGUGAAUGCACGCGAGCACUUGCCCCAACAGCCCGAGGUAGGCUAUAUGGGGGAUCUUUGCCGUGGGUGAGCCAGACCGCAAUGUUCAUGAAAUCCAAGCACCCGCAUCUCAUUUCCCGUCGGAUAUAAACCCCCCCAUCACUGGCAUCUCAACCUCACUGGAGCUCUCAUCAUCAUCACCACCACCACCAGCACCACCUCCACCACCAGCACCACCACCUCCACCACCACCAGUAACAGCAGCAACAACAACGAGCAGCCGUGCAAGGAGAAGAGCCAGACUGUGGCUCUGUAGACACCGACUCGGUGGCUGUGAUGAUGGUCGUGGUGGCUGCGCAUCGCGCGACGCGCAGCGUCCUCCUCGCCGUGGCUGUGCUGGCUCUGCUGGCACCCGGCGGUGCGCAGACGAUCAAGCAGAGACCCCCUCCAAAGAAGAAGAUCACCGGGCACCCCGCAGGCAGCCAGGCGGUGCCCGGGGAGAAGCUGGCGCAAGACAUCGAGGACCUGCGACGCGACGUGAACGCGCUCAAGGAGAUGCAGGCCCUGCACACGAUGUGCUUGCGUGGCACCAAGACGCGAGACAACACGUGCCUGCUGCUCUUCGCCGCGCCUCGCCCCUACCACGAGGCGUCAGAGGAAUGCUUUGCUCGGGGAGGGCAGCUGGCGCUGCCCGCGGACGCGAGGGCAGCGGAGGAGCUGCGCGCCUACGCCUCCCCUCGGCUGCCCGCGGCGACGGACGGCGCCCCGCAGUGGCUGUGGCUCGGCGCGAGCGACCUGCGCGAGCGGGGCAGCUUCGCGGACGCGACCGGAGCCCCGCUCGGGUACGCGCCGUGGGCAGCCCCAGGGGCCCCGCGCGGCGGCGGUGGCGCCGUGGCGGCUUCGUGCGUGCGGGCGCCCCUGCAGGGAGAGCGCCCUGCCUGGGACGUGGCCGCGUGCAAGGCCGAGUUGCCCUUCGUCUGCCAGUUCUCCAUACCGGCUUGACGGCGGGAGGUGGGGAGGGGCAUGCGGAGAUGAUUCGUUUGAUUUGUGAAACGAUUCUUUUGAUUUGUGAGAUGGGUGGACGGGUGGUUGGGGAGAUUGGGACGGGUGGAGGAGAGAGUGGAAGGUGACAAUGAAGAGAUUGGGAUGGUGAUGUAGGAGGAGGAGAGAGAUGUC